GGCUUGCUACAGGAACGGCUUUUCUGUCGCGUUUCAUAAUACGAACUAUAAAACGGGAACAUCCGUACUUAGCUCUCUGCUUGUUCUGCAUCGUCCGCAUUUGUUGUUCUGUGCUUUGGUAGAGUGAUUCCACGUGACGUUCGAGGAUGUCAUCCAUUGGGGCUGGUGAACAGGUCGGCCAAACUGACCAUUGUUCUCAGAAAGAUGAGAGUGCCACGCGUAUUGGAGCUAGUAACGUGGAUUUGUGUCGCGAAUGGCAGAAACUGCGGGCUGCAAGAACGUUCUGCGAUGUGGAGCUGCGAGGUGCCGAAGCACAAUCUCCCAGGGUUCCUUGUCAUCGCAGUGUUCUCAGUGUGCAUAGUGUGUAUUUUCGCACCAUGUUUCUCUCCGGGAUGAAAGAGUCCAAACAGAAAGUCAUUCAGCUGCACAACAUUCCCCACGCUGUUCUGUCCGAGUUGAUUGACUACUGCUACAUGGCGGACCUGCUUCUCACCGAGAACAACGUACAGUCGCUGCUGAUUGCGGCUAUGUUUCUGGAUAUUGUCCCCGUCAUGGAUGCCUGCUGGAAAUUUAUGGAAGAUCAUAUGCAUGUCAAGAAUUGUCUGAUGCUGUAUUGUUUUGCCAGUUCCGAUGCUCACAAGAAUUCUGCACUGGCCGACAAAGCCAAAGAGUUGGUUCUCAGACAUUUUAUGAGCAUCUCGCAAGGACAGGACUUUCUGGAAGUGCCAAAAAAUACGGUAAUUGACCUGAUUUGUUCCGAUCGGUUAUGGGUUCCGCGGGAAGACGAUGUGAUGGUGGCCGUUGUUCGAUGGCUGCAGCACGAUUUCGAGCAGCGACGUGGGCACUUCUGGCAGAUUUUGCAGAACAUUCGGCAGUCAUAUCUCAGUCCGCAGUGCAGUGAUGACUAGCUGCUGGCCUGCAUGAAAGCGUUCAUGGAUUACCUUGACGCAGAAAAGGUUGUGCGGUCUGACGCCAUCGAAGCUCUGCAUUCGUUUGAUUAUCUAAAUGAAAUGCCGGGAUAUAUCAGACAGCCACCCUCUGUCCGCCACACUGCAAGAAAAUCGUAUGCCUUCGAGAAUAUUAUCGUUUGUGCCGGCGGCCGUCGUGAUUCGACCUCGGCAUCGCUGAUGGACAACGCAGAAUACUUCAACCCGCGGACUUCAAAGUGGAAAUGUUUAGCACGAUUACCGGAUAGCGCUGCCAAAGGUGGUUUGGCCAUCAUUAACAACGUCCUGUUCCUGUGCGGUGGCAUUAUCGGUCAACAGGACACGGAUGUGACAGCAAGGACAAUUCGCUAUAACAGCCUUUACGAUCACUGGAAUAAUAGGGCGUCGAUGCAAACAGCCCGUGGUGACCUCGGUGUUGCCAGCGCUGAUGAUCAUAUUUUUAUUUUGAUCAUAUGAUCAUAUUGGGUGGUCAUUGUGGCCUGGCUCACACUUUAGCCACAGUAGAGUGCUACAGUGUGACCAACAAUCAAUGGACGUAUGUGAAAUCUUUACCAACACCUUUGGUGAAGUUCGCGAUUGUCUGCUGCGAUGGUCAGCUGUUCGUGUUUGGAGGUUGCACGUCGCACGCACAGAUAGCUACCGAUUUGGCAUUCUGCUACCAGCCGACUUCGGAUAUCUGGAUUGAGCUGCCCAAGAUGCCUACGGCGCGCUACCGCGCUUCAGCCUGCGUCGGUUCUGAUGGAUGGAUUUACGUGAUUGGCAGAUGUGCCGGCAGUCCUGUGACCGCUUUAAGCUGUGUCGAGGCUUUUCAUCCGCGGACUAAACGAUGGGCCAAGAAAUGUGACAUGAAUCAUCAGCUGUAUUCCGUCGGCGCUUGUUGCAUCGGCGACAAAAUAUAUGUGCUGGGCGGCAUGAGGAAGUGAAGCUCAAAAAACGAUCGAUACGUAUGAUACAUUUUCGGAAACAUGGACGAUCAGUGAACACCAGCUACCACGGGGAAAAUGGGCCUUCGGCUGCGGGGUACUGGAGCACAACCAAGGGUUUCAUGUGUAAAUUGGCGAACUGAGUAGAAAGGCUAAGAGUGGACGCUCGAAAAAAUGUGCUGGUUUAUUCUGUUAUAUAUUGUAUGGUUUCUGCAAAGCGGUGUAACCAAGU